GGACUAUAAAGAGGAGAGAGAUGGAAGUGGAACAAAGGCUAUAUCAGAUGCUAUAGUUGGCUCUCUUUGGGAUUAGUAAUCUUUCCGAAAGCUGAAGUAGCCGGAAAGAGAGAGGCUGAUCACGCAGAAAUGGGAAGAGGGAAGAUUGAAAUAAAGAGGAUAGAGAAUACAACGAAUCGGCAAGUGACGUUCUGCAAGAGAAGGAAUGGGCUUCUGAAGAAGGCCUAUGAGCUGUCUGUCCUCUGUGAUGCUGAAGUUGCCCUCAUCGUCUUCUCCAGCCGUGGCCGUCUCUACGAGUAUUCUAACAACAACAGCAUAAGGUCAACGAUAGAGAGGUACAAAAAGGCUUGUUCAGAUAGUUCUGGUGCAUGCUCUAUUACUGAAAUCAAUGCUCAGUAUUAUCAGCAAGAAUCCGCGAAGCUGCGUCAGCAAAUUCAGAUGCUUCAAAAUUCAAACAGGCACUUGAUGGGUGAUGCAUUAAGCACACUCACUGUGAAAGAACUGAAGCAGCUGGAAAACAGACUCGAACGAGGAAUCUCUCGAAUCAGAUCUAAGAAGCAUGAGAUGCUGCUAGCAGAAAUCGAAUACCGGCAAAAAAGGGAGAUUGAGCUGGAAAAUGAAAAUAUCUGCCUUCGGACUAAGAUAGCUGAAAUGGAGAGGGAUGAGCAGCAAGCAAACAUGGUGUCAGGAGAGGAGCAGCUGAGUGCGAUGCAGCAAGCAUUGGCUUCUCGCAAUUUCUUCAAUCCAAUUACCAUAAUCGAACCCCCUGCAACUCCUUACUCUCACUCUGACAAGAAGAUGCUUCAUCUUGGGUGACCAUAUGAAGAAUAAAUCACAAAAUUGGCAUCAAAAAUUAAGACCAAAAGAACUAUAUCAUAUGCCAAUAUAUAUAUAUAUAUCAGGCUGGCCUUGUUCACCAGCCUUAAUGACCAACUACGUGCUUACGUACUUAUGAAUUUAAUGUAUGGAACUUGUUAUGUGAGUGUAUGUCAUGUUCCCUAAGUUAUAUUC